UUGCAGUCGGCGCUUCCCCAUGGCGCAACUCUCCUCGGUACCAUUUUGUCCUUGGACAAAACAUGCAUAACUUCAUUGUCAGGUGAUCAUGUUGCACAUCCUCUCCUUAUCAGCCUCGCCAACAUUCACAUGGACACGCGGCUAAAAUCAUCUUCAAAUGCCUUCCUUCUCACUGCCCUUCUACCGGUCGUGAAAUUCAUUCACAAAAAUAAACGAAUGAGAGGUGUGUUGCAAGAUCGGCUCAUUCAUCAUUGCCUGGACAUCGUACUAGAACCUCUG